CAAAAAUACAUUGCGUCGUAUUCUUGUGGAAUCAGCGAACUGCACAACAGUGACAUGAAAAAGGAGUAGAGUAUCACACAAAACCUGCAUGAAAUUUCGCUUUAUCAAUCAUGGAGACCAGUACUAUCAAUGAGGAUAAAAUACCAGAAGGAUUGACCAUAAAACUACGUUCUGUAUCCAAAGUAAAGGAACCAUCACCCAAUUAUAAAGAAGAGAAGGAACGCUGCUUAGAAUACUUUGACAAAUGGAUUGAGAAUGAACAACUAGAAUAUGUCCAGGCACUGAUCCUUCGUAUGUGUCAUUACCAACAUGGUCAAAUCAAUGCUUUCCUCAAACCUAUGCUUCAACGAGACUUCAUCACAGCACUGCCAAAGAAAGGUUUAGAUCACGUUGCUGAGAAGAUCUUAUCAUAUCUGGACUCCAAGUCAUUGUGUGCUGCUGAGGGUGUUUGUAAAGAAUGGAAACGUGUUAUAUCAGAUGGUAUGCUAUGGAAGAAACUCAUCGAACACAAGGUCAGAACAGAUAACCUAUGGAGAGGAUUGGCCGAGAGAAGAGGAUGGGUUCAAUACCUAUUCAAACCCAAGCCAGGAGACCAGCAACAAGGCGAUUCAUUCUUCAGGAAACUCUACCCAAGAAUUAUUCAAAAUAUAGAGAAUAUUGAACACAACUGGAGGUGUGGCCAUCAUGAGCUGUAUCGAAUCCAAUGUCAUAGUGAGACAUCGAAGGGUGUCUACUGUCUUCAGUACGAUGACACUAAAAUCGUUAGUGGUCUUAGGGAUAACACAAUUAAGAUCUGGGACCGACAAUCUCUGCAAUGUAGGACAGUGUUAAUGGGUCAUACAGGCUCUGUGCUGUGUCUACAGUAUGAUGAUAAAGUCAUCAUUACAGGCUCUAGUGAUUCUACUGUCAGAGUAUGGGAUGUGAAUACGAGUGAAAUGCUCAAUACCUUAGUCCAUCACAGUGAAGCAGUGCUUCAUCUACGCUUCAAUAAUGGUCUCAUGGUCACAUGCUCAAAGGAUCGGUCCAUAGCUGUAUGGGACAUGCAAUCAGCAGGUGAUAUCAGCCUAAGAAGAGUUCUUGUUGGUCAUCGUGCUGCUGUCAAUGUAGUGGACUUUGAUGAUAAGUACAUCGUAUCAGCUUCAGGAGACAGAACCAUCAAGGUUUGGAACACAUCAACAUGUGAAUUUGUGAGGACCUUGAAUGGACAUAGGAGAGGCAUAGCAUGUUUGCAGUAUAGAGAUAGACUAGUUGUUAGUGGCUCAUCAGAUAAUACUAUCAGAUUAUGGGACAUAGAAUGUGGUGCUUGUUUGAGAGUCCUUGAAGGACAUGAAGAAUUAGUACGAUGCAUCAGGUUUGACAACAAGAGGAUCGUCAGUGGAGCCUAUGAUGGUAAAAUCAAAGUAUGGGACCUGCAAGCUGCCCUGGACCCACGUUCGCCAGCAGGCACUCUUUGCCUUAGGACACUAGUUGAGCACACAGGACGGGUGUUCAGACUUCAGUUUGAUGAAUUCCAAAUAGUGAGCAGUUCCCAUGACGACACCAUCCUCAUAUGGGACUUUCUUAAUGUGACACCUCCCGAACAACCCUCAAAGUCACCUACACGCACAUACACCUAUGUCUCUAAUAGCUGCCGAUAAGAUGAUGAUGGUGAUCCCUAUAGACUGAAGGAAGAGUUGAAACAUGAGCAUUCUUGGAUUAGGAUUGAUGCUGGGUGUCUUUGAUUGGAAUCACUGCUGCCUCAACGUAUUGGAUACAGGAUGGAUGUCUGUGUGGUUUCCAUGGCUGCUGUUAUUCAGACCGAGAGGCGUGUUGUCAACCCAGAGUAUCAGACAGAGAGAGAGUCUACACCUAUUUUUGUUUUCCCUGAGAGUUAUAGAUAGAAAGACACUCUAGACAGUAUACUGGAGAUACUGGGUGUAUACAGUCUAGGACAUUCAUCUCAAAUUUGGACUUGUAUUUAAUCCAUUCAUGCAAGCAAUUCAUAACAAGUUGCUUGUUUCUGUUUUCUAUUUUGAUUCUGUAUGGGAAAUGUCUUUUGUAAGGAAUAUAGAUAGAUUGUAAUUAUUGUAUAAUCAAAUUGUAAUUUCUAAGUGUGGUCAAAUUGUACAAGGUUAAUUUUGGCAUCUAAUAGAUAUGAAGUACUUUCAUACUGCUGUUCCACAUAUAUUUAUAUGGAUUUCAAAGUUAUUUGGCUUUAAACAUGGCAUCUGUCCUGUAGACUGAACUGUGCAUCUAUUCUAGAAUGCUUUUAAAAAGCAGAUUUGAGAGUUUUAAACAAAUAUAUAAAUAUUCAAUGUGAAAAAGAGACAAAAACUGGGCAAUUCUGAACUUUCACCAACCAGUGUGAUUUAAAGCACUCUAUGAUCUGCUUUAAUUACAUGUACCUUGUAGGCCUCUCAGUCAGAAGAAAGCUGAACCCUAUACCAGAUACUCAAUUUAAUAUUUAUAUUUUUAAUCAGAAAUAUUGUGUUAUCUAGUCGAGGGAUUGGCUUAUAAUACUCAAGCACAAAGUUUGCAUAUGUGCUACCAAACUGAUAUAGAAAUUAAAUCUCCUUAAUUCUCUAAAUGAUCAUUUUGCUUGAAACUCUGCAACAUGAUUCAUUCAUUUUCAUCAAGAUUUAUGCACUAAUCAAGGUCAAGCUCAGACAUUACCAAAUGUUGAAUAGUAUAUUGACAAAGCUGUUACAGUAUUCUCUUUAUGGUACAUUUUGAUGAAUGCUGUUAGCAUGUCCAUUUGACUACUCAGUCUAUAUAGAGAGAGCAGGAAUGCAGUCAUGAAAUAUCUGUUGAAAUGAUUCUUUCUCAGUGUAGAUCAAUAUAUCAUUGCUUUCAGAUAUUAUCAGAGAAAAGGGUAGGCAGCAAAAUCAGUGUUUUAAUAUCAACCAUUGAUUUUGAUAUUUUUAUUUAUUUUCUAUCCAAAUAAAAAUCAAUUGAUAUGACCAUUGAUUUUGUAGGAGGAUGUUUAGCUUGAAGUAAGAUAAGUCAAGUUUUGAUUGUUCCCUACCUUGCUCUUUGGAAUCAUGUCAAGUGAGUGGUUCAUGCUAAUAAUUGCAUUUUGCAAAAAGGGACCAGAAUUUGUAUUAUUUAAACAUGUCAGUAUGGUAUGGAAUGAAAGUUUGCCUUAUACACAUAUAUGUUUACAUUUAUAUUUGUCGAGUCUGUGUCAUAAUGUGUUCUUACGUAACCCAGUCAGUUGUAACUAGUGGUGAAGAUCAAGACUGUAUCUUGAUAUGUUUAUUGUCAGGGCACUGCUCUUGAAAGGACAACUCGUUUGAUUUCACUUCACACAGGACUUUAACAUGUUUUUUUCAUAUAUUUUAAACUGAACUUCACCUGUAUUCAUGCAUGACUAAACAAAUUAUAGUGAUCUUUGUCUACCAAUUCUUCUUAACAGGAAUUCUGUUUGAAAGGUUUUAAAAUAAUUGUGGAUUACGACCAUUUCCUCUCCUGUAGCUAUCUAUUCACUUUGCAUAUGGAUGUAAUACAGUGGACCCAGUCAUAUAUCAGUGCUGAUCAGAGUUAAUGUAUAUUGUGAAGUGGAUGUAAAACAUGUGCAGUUUGUAUCAUCACCCUCGCCUCCAUAGGUUUCUCAUCUGGUGAAUAUUAUGUGUUUGUAAUCACAAUGUAUAAUUGUAUACACGAACUAUACUAUGUCAUCACACAUGGAAUCUUGUGAAUAAGAAUGUGUUCAUUUGGAAGUGAUUAUGUAAUCAUUAAUGUAUCAGGAAUAUAUGUGAUAGCUGUAAUCAGUCCUUUCAUAGCAAAGGUUAUUGUCUUGAUAAGUUAUGGAGCUUAAGAGGAAAAAAAAACAUUUUAUAGAUAAACAUUCUCUUUACUAUUGAAGUUGUGGAGUGCAAGCUUUGUAUAUGUGGUUUUUUGUUUGUUUAUAUUUCAUUAUCUGAAACACUGCAUAUAUGUGUGAUAUAGAGCCUGGAAUAUGACUCCUCUCUCUCCCUACUCUAUGAGCAGUGGAAGAGGUCUUGUAAUCCUUGGUUUGAUACUUUCUCAUCAAUCUCCGUCAAACAUUACAAUUCAAUCUCUUAUGAAUCAAUCACCUCUCGAUGUCAUAUCAGCACAGGGGUACUUAGGAUUGGUGUUGUCCAUUGAGUGGAGCUCGUUGAAGGCACUUGAGUCGUUAUAAAAGUAUUUCACAAUUGUUGCGCUGAACACUUGCAAUGAUAACAAACACACCACCCCCACAUUGUCUUUUAGGUGUUCACUGAUGAACAAUGCUGAGCAUAUAAUGAGAUUCAAAGGAUUCUCCUCAAGAGAUGUAAUGUUUGAAAUCUCAUUUCACCAUUUUUCCUUUUUUUCUUGGGACAAUCCAAUUAACAUUUGUAAAGCCUUGCUUGCAUAUGAUGCAGUCAACUGCCUUUGAAAAAGCAGCAUGCCAAAAUGAUUCCAUUUAUGUGUGUAUGAAUGGUAAGUGGAGGUUAAAAAGACAUUAGCUGUGUGCAACAACACUGGUAAGCAUACUCACUGAUCUUGUGUUAUAACAUACAGAAAUGUGAAACACACAGUGUGUUAGUCAUUUGCUGUGGUGGGAUUUUAAGGUGGUUAACUGCAUCAUAUGCAAAUGAGCCAUUAUAUCAUGCCUAAUUAUGCAGACCUAAUCUUCAACAAGUUAAUGAGUGCAAUUUAAUGACCCUUUCAUGUUCUAUGUUGUAGUAGACAAUAUGCAGUUAAUACUAUCUUUCUCCUUGGUGUGAUGGUUCAUACACCAUUCCUUGACCCCAGUCAUUACGAACACAUUGUUAAUUACUCCUCAAGGUUAAACAUAAGUGGUUUCAAAUUUUAAUUAUAUAUUGGUAUCAUAAUUUGAGAAGUAAUUACUGCCAAUGAAGUGUAUUUUCCAUUGCCAGUAAUGAUUACUUCACUAGGAUCUGUGCACUGAUUUUGAUGACCAUACAAGUGUUUGUUUAUGAAGAAAAAUUACAUUUAUAAUUAUUUUAAUAACACUUUUAAUAGAUAUUUACCAAAAUAUAUACACAUUAUACUAAUCUAUAACGAGCUUUGUGACCAUUCGUUAUAUAUUAACCAAAAGGUAUUUACAAUCAAAGUAAUUUAGAAUUAGUUCUACGACACAUUCAAGUUAUUUGGGUGUUUCAUAAGCUAAUCUUGAUCUAUAAAACUUUGGUUUUUGCCUGUUGUCAAUAAACUGCCAAAUAUUACUUUAUCACUAAUUCCUAAAGAUAUACCCCAUCAAUGUUAGUAGAAUUGAUAAAGUUAGCUCUCGCUUGAAGUAGUCAUCCUAAUAUGAAGAUGAAUUUACCAAAAGACAAACCAUUCUCUAAUCUCUAUACAAGUUAACUUGAAGCAGAAGUAUAAGGCCAUGUAAAAUUAGUCUUAGUCUCUCAUCUGGCUCUUAUGAACGCUAGGAGUGAGUGGAUUCCAUAUUAAUUAAUACUUGAUAUUUUUCCUGUUCAUUCAAAUGCAUUUUGGGCAAGUUCAACACAAAUUUCCUGUAUAUAGUUUGAUUUGGACAUGCACGAGAGGUUAAAAACAAAGUGAAAGUGCAUCUAAUUCAUUAGAUGAGAAACUAAGAAUCCAUUUUACCUGGCCUAAGAGAUGAAGCUUUAUUAUCUCAUUCAAGCAUCUCAUCUAAGAGGUCUUUGAGUCGUACAAUCUCUGUGCUAUGUCUCUAUUCCUAUGUCUUUGUCUUUUUGUUUAAUGUAAAAGAAAGACCUGUAUUUAAUGAGAAUGUUUUCAAGUGUAGAAACUCCCAGAUAGUGAUGUAUGUAUGUAUGUAUGUAUGUAGGUGUGUAUGAGGGCAUGUGAGUGUGUGAUGUGUGUAUAUAGAAAUAUAUAUACAUAAAUAUAAACGAUGUUAACUGAACUGAUAUCUUCAUUUCAAGAAAUAUAUGAACAAAUCUGAGAUGAUCUAGCUGUGAAAGGUCGUCGGAAUCCAUAUCAUUUCAGUAGAUUUGUACAUACAGUAACCAUUUGAUACCAUAUGAAUUGUAUCUGAGAAAGUCAAACGUUAAAUACUUGUGUGUGAAAACAGAUGGAAUCAACAUUUAAUUUGAAGCUUAGUGGCAACACAUUCUAGGGGGACAUUGUAUGAGAAUGCUUUAGACUACCUACCCUACUUGCAAGUAGAUUUACCCAUCAGUUUUCCAACCCAAUAUUUGUAUGUCUUAAAUGCAUACAUGUACUAAGACUACUAUUAUAGCUGAUUUGCAUUGCUGGUUAGAUAUAUGCUUUGAUUCCCGAUUGUCGGCAAAAAACAAAAAACAAAAAGAAAUACCUAACAAAUUUUAGGGUUAGGGCUUUGGUUAAAGUGUGUGGACCACCAUGCUAUGGCGUAUUAACUGUACAAAAAGAUGGCAUGAUGCUGAUAGAUUAGAUUGGGUGCGAGAAGAAGAAUGUGUGAUUUGAUUCACAGGGUUGUAUGCAAUGUGAUGAUGACAUCAUGAUCAUCAUCUGACUGAACGUACAAACUGAGAUUAGAGCAGAGCAGAGAAAAUGAGUAGUAGUUCCUGGAUAGUUAUAUGAUCAUAGAAACCCUUUAUAUUGGUGGUUGGGAGAUCCCCUUAUUACCUUGUUCCUUUUAUCACAAUGUUUCCAAGAUUUCUUUGCAUAGCUAUGUAUUUGCUUUUUGUAUGAAAGGAAAGCUUGAAAGAUGAUAAUAAAAUUUCAAUGCAUUUGCAAGAUCUACAUGAAA